AUGGCGACUCUCAACCCACUUGUCUGCGUCGUGGACUUCCACCAUGCGCGAGGCCCAGAAGUGGAAACAUGGCUCGGGGCAGAAGAGGGAACCGACCCAGCAGUAGACAACGACUGGUCGCUGCUGCCCUUCAUGGCCCUGAGCGAUGGCGCGCAUGCCUCUGCCGAAGACUACUCGUACUUUACGCUCCGCCGCGCUCAGACCCCGACCUCACCCGCUACCUCACUCUUCGGAAUAUCGUGUACGCGACAGCUCGACGCAAGCAAGCUUAUCGAUCGGCCGGCUGAAGUUACAAGGAGUACGGUGCAAAAGGCUGUCGUUGUCAUCAGCGAUAGCCCACAGCACUUUGGGGCCAUAAAAGCGCAGCUGGGCGUUGUCACCCAGCUGUGGUUCAAUCAGAAAGACUUCACCGAUAUCGAGAUAUUGGAGCGCUUUACGGAAAGUCUACCCCAACUGCUUAAGAAUCAGGAGGGGCAGCAGGACCAUUACUUCGGUAUUUCUCUGCGCGAGUUAAUCCACGAGUUCAAAUGGCAGACUUUGGUUCUUUUCAAAUGCGCGCUACUUCAACCGAAGGUCCUCUUCUUCGGCUCCCAUUGCGAACGAUUAUGCAUGAUGCAAUUUGCUCUUAUUUCACUGAUACCCGGCCUUAUUCGCCACCUACAAGAUGCUGCUGACCCUAAGUUCAAUUCGUGUGAGGAAAAGUGUGUCAUGCCCACUUCAUUAAAGACAUCGGAGCGCGCUUCCUUGUUGGCAUACAUGGGUCUCCCGCUCCAACUCUUCGGUACAGGCUCGCUGUUUGGACCAUACACACCGCUUCAGCAGCUUGAUAUACUUGCAGACCAAGAUACCAAGUCCUACAUCGUCGGCUCUACGAACUCGCUGCUGCUUCAGCAAAGAGAUCGAUACAGCGAUAUCCUCAUCAACCUCGAUGACCACACCGUAAACAUCACCUCAGCUGCACUCCGACAAGCAUCGAUCUUGUCGACGCCGGACCGGAGAUGGAUGGACUUCUUGACACAGACGAUCAACGAUACCUGGGAUGAGGCAGAUCCAGCGCGGCCCAAGGAUCACGGAUACGCCGGCAGCGAGGAGUUCAUUCGCAUGCAAUUCGAAGAGUACCUGCUCGCAAUGCUCAGCUCCGUCAAGUACAAGCUUUACAUGGAAAAGAACGCACACAAGGAGAACUUGAUUUCUGAAGUAGAAGGAGACCCAGCGAGCGAGUUCUCAAAUGAGUGGGUACACGCCUGGAUGCAGACUGAGAACUUCCGCAUCUGGAAUAAGUUUACCGAUUCUCACCUUUUCGACAUCGUUGAUCCCAAACACCCCUGCUCUGGCGGUCUCUCAAUGGAAGACGUUCAACGCCGACUAGCACAUCUGUUCUCCAACACAACCUUCCAAGCCGUAUCUCUUGGCGUAGCAGAAAUGCAUCUCGACGAACGAUUAGAAAAGUCUCGGGAGGUCUUGGGAAAACAGCUUGCAGUGGGCCAACAGAAGGUCAGCUCUGCAUACAACCGCCUGUGGGCGGAGAUGGAAGGCAUGCGCGAGGCACAGAGGAAGAGAGCCGAGGAAGCGCGACUACAGGCUGAGAAAGAAGGGAGGCCCAUCGAUGAUGCAAAGAAGUGGAAAGCACCUCAAGCCCCCGACCUCACGAACGCAAAAGCCAGCGCGGGCGCAUACUUCUCCAGCUGGGGCACCUGGGCGAGCGAGAAGAGGAAGGGAUGGGGCACAAAGACACCCGUAUCUUCGCCUCCGCCGGGUGAUCUCAAGAGAGCGGAAGACUUCAAGAGAGACAAGGAGGCGGUUGUUGGUGAUACCCCGGCUAGUCCGCCGCCGCCGGAUGUCAAGAGGAGAAGCUUGUUCUUUGAUGCAGACGCAGAGAACGGUAAGGAGGGUGUUGGGAAGGAAUGA